CCGCGCCGUCGGCAGCGACAGCCAGCCGGUCCAAACACUGCAGAGGCGCAGCGGCCGCGGAUCUAGACAAGACUUACGGCUAAAAUUAAAUAGUGGCAAUCCGGCAGGGGCGGGCAAGGCAGGGCAAGGCAGGGCGCAUCGGCGCCGCAGUGGACCGUACCCGAGACACCGCGCCGGGGGCCUAUGUGAGCGGCAGCGCCUGGCAGUGCCACGGCAAGGCGAGCCGUCCUCCCCGUCGACGGAGAGGUUAGGUUCCCCGCAAGCAGAAGGAUGACAUCACCGGACACUCCCACCGUGGACGAUGUCUUCGACUUCACGGACUCGGAGGACAACGACGCGCCGUUCCCGCCCUCCUACAUGGUGGUCCGCUUCGCGGCGGACGUCAAGCCGCGCGCCAUCGCCUGGCUCGUGGACAAGGUGCGCGGGCCGCGGUCGCACGGCGGCGCCGAGCUGCUCGUCCGGAGGCAGCACACCGAGCCGGGGGAGGGCAUCAUCCUGCACGUGUCGGCGUCGUGCCGCAAGCUGCUGGAGCUGGCCGAGGAGAUGGAGCUGAAGAAGCGCGACCAGGCGGGCCUGAUGCGCGAGUUCCUCUUCGCCCACCUGCGGGACUUCGUGGGCGAGAAGGGCGACCGCGAGGACCUGCUGACGACGGCGGAGCGGCAGCUCAUCGUGCGCCACGAGCUGGACAACAUCCGCGCCCUCAGCGAGGACCCCAGCAUCCCCGGCUACGUCAACUUCCGCAUGUACGAGGGGCAGUCCAUCGUGCAGGUAAUGAUGCACAAGCUCCUCAUAACGGCCAUGUACCCUCUGCACGACGCGGAGGCGCUGAAGCUGCUGUCCAGCAAGUGGUACUUCUCCAAGGAGCAGCCCGUUGAGGCCAUCCGGCUGUACUUCGGCGAGGCGGUGGCGCUGUACUUCAAGUUCCUGGACUUCUACACCGUCAAGCUGCUGAUCCCGCUGACGCUGGUGGGCGUCCUGCAGAUGGCGCUGUCCACCCUGGAGACGCUGCCCUUCUUCUGCGUGUGCAACGUGAUCGCCGUGACGGUGUUCCUGGAGGUGUGGCGGCGUCGCAGCAACGAGGCGGCCUUCCAGUGGGGCACCAUCGGCAUGACCAGCCUGGACGAGCCGCGGCCCAACUUCCACGGCACCAUGAUGGUGGACACCAUCACCGGCAGGCUGCUGCCGCAGUUCCCGAGGAGGACCACCUACAUCCGGAUGUACUGCGUGUCGCUGCCCAUCGUGGUGCUGUGCCUGUUCCUCGCCUUCCUGGUCAUGCUGGCCUCGUUCCACGCCGAGGAGCGGCUCACGCAGCUCGCCAAGGACCCCGAGUCCGGCGUCACCUCCCUCACCGUCAUGGCGCCCUCCGUCAUCUACUCCAUCCUGGUCUACAUCGUGAACCUGUACUACCGGCAGCUGGCCACGUACCUCACAGAGUGGGAGAACCACCGCACGCAGUCUCAGUUCGAGCGGCACCGGGUCAUCAAGCUGGUGGCGUUCGAGUUCGUCAACACGUUCAUGGCGCUGUUCUACAUCGCCUUCGUCUACCAGGACAUGGACAUGCUGCGCUCGCAGCUCGCCACCAUGCUCAUCAUCCUGCAGCUCGUCAACAACGUCCAGGAGGCCGUCCUGCCGCUCCUGAUGCGAUGCAUGAGCAAGGUGCCUUCCCCUCCGCGAGUCCCGGACUCCAGCACCGUGAGGGCGCCGUCCGCCUCCGGGGACGCGAAGGACUCCGCGGACACGCGAGGGCUGCGGUACCGCGGGCCGGCGCGCAGCCUGGAGCUGUACCCGGGAGUCCCUGAGGUGCUGCAGGGCAUCCCCGAGCUGGACCCCGACGACCCCCGGCAGCAGCAGGCCCUCGCCGAGGGCGCCAUGGACGUGUACGAGGGCACGUACGACGACUACCUGGAGGUGUUCAUCCAGUUCGGGUACGUGUUCCUGUUCUCGGCCGUGUACCCCCAGGCCGCGCUCUGGGCGCUCUUCAACAACCUCAUCGAGAGCCGCGUCGACGCCUUCAAGCUGUGCCGGCUGUACCAGCGGCCGCUCGCCAGGAGGGUCAAGGACACGGGUGCCUGGCAGCGCGCGUUCGAGGCCAUCGGGGCCAUGUCCAUCGUGACGAACUGCGGGCUGCUCUGCGUGUCCCCGCCGCUGCGACGACUCGCCCCGGAGCUGUCGCAGACCGAGUGGGUGCUGCGGUGGAUGGUGGUGGAGCACUUGCUGAUGGCCGUGCGCUACGUGCUGCACCAGGCCAUCCCGGACAAGCCCGAGUGGGUGCGCGUCGCCCUGGCCAAGCUCAACUACCAGAGCAAGCAGGCCCUGCGCAAGGAGCGCGCGCUCAAGCGUCGCCUGUCGUCGCGACGGUCGCCGUGGAAGCCGGGCCAGCCCUCGGGCCAGACCCACCUCGAGCCCCGCCGAGACGCGGAGCUGCACUGAUUGGCUGCAAAGCCUGCUCAAUCAACUUCGACUGAAAGAAAUUGAAAUUCCCUCCAAAUCGCCGUCACGUGACGCGCCGCGUUUUCCCGUUGUGUUGUGACUGUUUCUUUUUUACGUUUUUCUCUUAGAUGUUUAUUACUUAAAAGUCUUUUUAAUAUUUAAUAAAAUACUGUUGCCUUUU